UUUCAAUACCUGGAUGUCCUGUAGAUGGUCAAACUCAGUCUAUGACAGAACAACCUAAUGAUAAUAAAAAGCUGGCUUAUAAAGAUCCGGACGACAAGACAACGGACGAAAAAUCAAACAUUGUAGCUGCUUUACUCCCUACCAUUACAGAUACAUCUGCCAACGCCAAUAAUUCGGCUAUAGAUUUCAAAUCGGACCCUAUCAAUACAGAUACAUCUGCGAACCCUAAUAAUUCAGAUAUAGAUUCAAGAUCGGUCAAUGGAACAGCACUGACGUCUACAGAAGACGAUGAUUUCUUUUCUCUGAUUGGUAGAGCAGAUGGACGUGUUUCAGAAUUUGAUCUAAGUAAUGAUGGAAGUACUACUUUACGAGAUGACAACGCGUCUGGGACAAGUUCUUAAGCAAAACCUUCUAAAGGACACGGAAAAUAUUCCGGACAAAAAAUAAACCGACUUAGAUCCAACAGGGGUCGCAUCUUACUUUUUGAUAUAUUUGUAUCAGAGUUAAGUUUUCGUUGUUCGUCACUCAUCAAAGAAGAGUUCUGUAGGUCUGUCUUGUUUAUUGCUUUUCAAAGUACAGUAUUGUAGGUCUGGGCUAUUAAUCGCUCAUCAAAAACAAUUUUGUAUGUCUGUGUUAUUCAUCGCUCUUCACAAGCACAGUUUUGUAUAGGUUUGUGUUGAUAAUCGCUCACCAAAACAAUUGUGUAGGUCUGUUUUGUUCAUUGCUUAUUAAAGCACAUUUUUGUAGGUCUGUGAUAUUCGUCGCUCAUCAAAUAGCAGUUUUGCAGGUUUGUGUUAUUAAUCGCUCAUAAAAACAGUUUUGUAGGUCUGUUUUGUUCAUAGCUCAUCAAGGCACAGAUAUGUGGUUCUGUAUUGUUCAUCGCUAAUCAAAGCACAGUUUUGUAGGAUGUGUUGUUCGUCGCACAUUAUAAACCAGUUUUUUUUAGGUCUGUGAUGUUAAUCGCUCAUAAAAACAGAUUUGUGGGUCUGUGUUUUAUUGCUCAUCAAAGCCCUGAUUUGUAGGUCUAUGUUGCUUAUCGCUCACCAAAAAGUUUUGUAAGUCUGUUUUGUUCGUGGUUCAUCAAACAACAGUUGUGUAGGUCUGUGGUUUGUCGCUCAUCAAAGCACAAUUUUGCAGGUCUGUGGUGUGUCGCUCAUCAAAGCACUAUUUUGCAGGUCUGUGUUGUCUGUCCCUUAUUAAAACUCAAUUUUGCAGGUCAGUGUUGUUCAUGCCCGUAAAACAACUGUUCGUCACUAUGUAAUUAGGUUGCUAAGGUAUGUUGUACUGUUCAACUUUGUUGGUAGUUCCUGUAAGUUUUGAUUAAUUUCCUGAUCGAUGUUCCUUUUUUCCGUGGAGUCGGGUUUUGGUGGUUGAUGUAGUCUGUUAUUAUGUCCAAUUUUUUCCUGCUAACCUCUAUGUAUUUUUUUGUAUUAUCUCAAUAUUUGGCAAAUAUUAUAUAUUAUUGUUAAUAAGAUAAAAUGUUUAUGGUACAAUAUUAAUUGGUGUAGGGGGGCUAGGACAUUUCUUUUUUUUUUCUUUCGGAGAACCCAAUCGAAGGAUUAUGGCGUUUACAAAUAAUGUGUGGAUUAUAAAACCUAAUGACUCAAAUAGACUAUAAACGCGCAUCUAUAUAUUAACAUAUGUAAUCGAUUUCAACUCAUCUGCAUGGUCAUUACAAAAAAGAAAACCAUCAAACAUCAAGUUUAACAGACAAGACGUGGCAGGGGAUUUAUCCAUCCCUCAUCCCACCAGGUUUCUGUGUCUAUGUCAAAAUUUAAGCCUCCCUAUUAUAUGAAAUUGUUGUAAAUAGAAAAAAGAAACAACUGCCUUGUACUGUAGAUAUCUUAUAUCCGAUCAAAUUCGUCAAUUUUUAAUUUCCUUGUAUCAUAAUUCAGUAAAGUUGUUAAGCAUGUGCAUGUUAAGGAUACUAACACAAAAUUAACAACCUAAUACACGUCACUGAGUCAAUAAUGGCCACUGGUGGAACAGAAAUCGAGGACAUCGCACAGGAUAUUAAAAUUGGACAGAUUGUUGAUAACUCGGAUGCGAAACUUAAUCAUACAUCAGAACAACACAUUAAGAAUGAAGGAAACAUUAUAUCCGUAUCGACAUCUGAUAGGCAUGCACAUCGGACUUCUCGUCAUAACCUAUCGGUAUUGUCUGAUGAUGGAGGAAGGUCAACACACAAUUUAUCAUCAUCGCCAGAUUUGGAUAAAAAUUGUACUAGUAGACAACCGGGACUGUUCCAAUCAUUUUCACACCCAGGUGUAAAUAUACGUGAAAAACAGACUCGAACAAACACUGCACGAAGUCUAUCAAAACCGGAAGGAGCCAACAAUUCACACACAUCGAGAUUGUCAGUUAAGAAUAAAAUACAAUCAAAUGAUAGAAAGUUUCCAACAGUAAAAAAGAAGUCUGUAGCCCAGAGAUUACUUGAGGCCGUUAGAGGAUUUCGUUCUCAAUCUAAAGAAGCAGAUUGUAAGGGUGAAUAUAAAGAAGAAAAACUAAAAGCUAAAUUCAUUAAAAACAAAGUUAAAAUUAACGAUGACACUAGUCUACCUAGAAUUAAACCGGACGGACGUGUUUUACGUACGGAUGUCAAAAGUCACAUUCCUGCAGGUCACGCAAACGAUGUCUGCAAUAUUCCCCCUAAACAUCAGAUUAACUCGAUUCGUGAGCAUGGAAAUGCAGAAAUUAACCCGUCAAAUAAAAGUACCCGUUUUUCUAAUACUGAAAUUACUGUAUCAAAAGAUAGUAUUGCCGAAUUAGACGUCGAUGUUAUAGUUAGUAGUGAAGAUUCUGCGAUACAAAGCGGAGGUAUGGUGGCUAAGAUUGUUGCUGAAAAGGGAGGUCAGCUCUUAGAGGUUUGCAAAGACUGUUUGAGAAAGAUGUGUUCGACUAUACCUUACUGGACUUUCCAACCCACCCCUGCUACGGAAAAAUUGAAAUGUAAACAUGUCUUCCAUGCUGUUGUGCCGCAGUUUUCCAAUCAAAAUCAAGAUAAAUGGACGGAAGGGCUUCAAUCAUUGUUAAAGAGUAUACUCAGUAGAACCGAGUUUAUGGGAUACGAGUCCUUAGGCCUUCCAAUAAUUGGCACUGGCAAGAAUGGGGCACCUACCGACUUUGUGAUAGAUUUGAUUUGCGAAUCUGUAAAUCAGUUUUCACUUUCAAAAACCUCAACUAAUGGUUUAAAAACAGUGAUUAUAGUCCAUCCUGACAAACGAGUCAGGCAAAUGUUAGAAGAAAGGGUUACAUUUUUACGAAAUGGUGCUCCAAAGCAAAAAACAAAGAUUACACCAAAAUACACAAAAGGAAACCGGAAAAUGUACUUCCAAAAUGUUGAAGAUACAGAGACGGACAAAUGUCCUAUUUGUUUAGAAGAAAUAUCCGGUUCCAAAUUGAGACAGCUCUCCAGAUGCAAGCAUAUAUUCUGUAAGAAUUGUCUUGAAGAGUGUUUUAAUCGAAUGCCUAUGUGUCCAAUAUGCAACAUGGUUUACGGCGAAUUAACAGGAAAUCAACCAGAAGGAAUUAUGAUAGAAUGUUUCCAAAACGAUGUCCAUCUACCGGGGUAUACAGAUUGUGGUGUAAUCAAGAUUUUCUACUCAUUCAUUAGUGGGAAACAAUUGAAAGGUCAACCAAACCCAGGUAAAAGUUACGAAGGAACGCAACGGACAGCAUACUUACCAGACAACACAGAGGGACAGAAGGUUCAUCGGUUACUGAGACGGGCCUUCCAACAACGUAUUCUCUUUACGAUUGGCAGUUCCAGGACAACUGGAAAACAAGAUGUGGUCACAUGGAACGAUGUUCAUCAUAAAACAAGAAUAGAUGGAGGACCUGCUAGGUUUGGAUAUCCAGAUCCUGGAUAUGUGACACGUGUCCUUGACGAACUUGCAGCAAAAGGAAUUACGGAAGAAUAAAUCAUCGUUAAUAUCAUGAAACAUAAUAUCAUUCCUACAACUCCAUUGAUACAAUUGUCAUUUCUAUCAUACCUGUCUCAGUACGAAUAAUACUUUAAUAUGUUCGGUUGUUGCAAGGUUCUAUUGCUAUUGAACAAAGUAUAUUUCUUUAUUUUAUUUUUAUAUAUUCACAGAUUUUUAGUUAUUGGAUAUAUUCUAAAACAAAAUCAUAUGUAUUGCGUCUUAAAAAGUUGAUUUGACAACUAUUAUAAUAGAAAAGAGUAUAACUUGAAUUAAAUUGCUUGAAAUUAUAAGUUUUUUUGUGUAUUGGAAUUCUAAUGAAUUUGGCAGUCAAUGUUUAACAAUGCAAUUGCUGUAUACUAUUCGCAAAGCUAUGAUUGGAGAUUCACUUAUUUUGUUUUAAAUCAUAAAAUAUAAUGAAUAUAACUAUUGUAAUUGAUUAAAAUUGCUCAAAAGACAUCAAAAUAUUAUUUGAUUUUAUGUUGGUUGUUGUCGGUAACUGUAGUGCUAUGCUAUUUUAAACGUUUUCAUUGAUCUUAAAUACAUGUAUUUAUUCAUUUGCGUGUAUAAUCGCUACUUUUAAAUUGUUGAAUUACUUAAUUAUUGUAGUAAGCAAAGUCCUGUAUACUGGUUUGUCACAAUAAUCCGCAUUCUACGGUCUUCAAAAUUCUUCACAACUGGAGCCAAGUGAACAGUCAUUUGUUAAGGAACUAAUUUAAAGGAAAUUUUUGUUUGUUUGUGAAUUGAUCAUUCAAGUAUUGUAU